AAUUUGAGAGCCUGUAGCUGUGAAAAGAUGGACUGCUCAGUUCUGAAAUGCCUGGACCCCACCUUGGUAUUCUAUUAGUAAUGAAGAGCUCCUUCACAAUCCUACUCGUCAGUCUAUCUGUCCUGUGCAGGGUUGAGUGUGUGUUUGGGCGGACAUUUGAGCACACGCGGCAGAAAUGGGAAAGGUAUCGGAAUGAGUGCAUGUCAAACAUCAGCUCAGCACCGACCCCCUCAGGUUUGUUCUGCAGACGCAUGUUUGAUCAAUAUGCUUGCUGGACGGAUGGGUUGCCCAACACCACAGUCAAAGUGCCCUGUCCCUGGUAUUUGCCCUGGUAUUCUCAAGUACAAAGUGGGUUUGUCCUAAGAGAAUGUGGUCCAGAUGGCCAGUGGCACACCAGCAACACGAGCCACACCUGGCGAAACCACUCACAAUGCAUUGAAAAUAGCAGCAACCACAAAAAGCAGGAGCAACAGAUACUGGUCCUAUCCCACAUGAAGGUGAUGUACACAGUUUUCUACUGUUUGUCAUUGGCUAGCCUUACUCUGGCCCUCAUCAUAUUACUUCUGUUUAGGAAACUCCGUUGCACCCGCAACUACAUUCAUGCCAACCUGUUUGCUUCUUUUAUCCUGCGGGCUGUGUCCGUCCUUAUACGUGAUGAUCUUCUCCAAAAACGCAGUCCUUACCUCCAAAACAGCAGUAAUUUUUCCCAUGUUUUCAGUGACCAGGAUCUGUUGGGUUGCCGCAUAGCCGAAGUGGUAAUGCACUACUGUAUGGGAACCAGCUUCUUCUGGGUACUAACGGAGGGCCUGUACCUCCAUAACCUUCUGAUACUCCUUGUGUUCUCUGAGAACAGCUACUUCUAUGGUUACCUUGCCCUCGGCUGGGUUACUCCUGUACUUUAUGUGGUCCCAUGGAUCGUAGUGCGCCAUCUAUAUGAGAACACUGGGUGCUGGGAGAAGAACGAGAACACUGUGCAUAUGUUGAUUGUUGAAGCUCCUAUCUACCUGGCUAUCUUAGUAAACUGUUACUUUUUCAUAAGGAUUAUACAGAUGCUUGUCUCCAAAUUUAAAGCACACCAGAUGAGAUGUACAGACUAUAAAUUCAGAUUGGCCAAGUCUACCUUGACCCUCAUGCCUCUACUGGGUCUUCAUAAGAUUAUGUUUCCUACGAUGGAUAAAGAACCGAAUUUUGAUGCGUUUCGUGCCACCUGGAUUUUCUUUGAGCUCUUCCUCAACUCAACACAGGGUAUUCUGGUGGCCAUUUUAUACUGUUUUUUGAAUAAAGAGGUGCAGACAGAAAUUAAAAAUAAGUGGCAUAGAUGGAAGCUGGGAAUUGGAUCCCUGGAUGAACAACGCACCACCAGCAGUCACAUACUACAGGGGACUACUGGACAAGAUCAUGAAGACCAGCCGUGCCAGAUGGACUGCCUUGAAGAGAGUGGCAUUCACAGCAUGGAACCUCUUCCAGCCUCCAUACAAAUCCCCCUCCAUCGGCAUCAUCACCUGGGAGCAAAGAAGGGUAAGGCAUAUUGUUACAUUUCCGCCCAUAAGCAAGUGCUGAAUGGAUUGGACACACCAGCACUGGAUCACUGUGAACAUGAAGGAGUCAAUGGAUAUUCUGAUAGCUACUGCUGAAAGCUUCUGGGCCAUGUGUAAAUUGAUAUCUAUAUGAGGUCCAUAAAGAUUGAGGCAUACAAAAUUGUAUGGAUGUAACUUUGUUAAGAGUGCUUUGGAUUCAUUGGACAUUUACUGAAUGAACCUCUAUGGUGUGCUAUUCUUAGAUGAACUUUCACCAGCAACCUGGAGGACCAACAGAGCAGUCUAAAAUCAAAUUUUUCUAGUUUAAAAAAUCAAAAAUGAGGUCUAAAUUAUAUUAUAUACCAGAUCGGUUAAUGUGACUGUUAAACCCAUUAUAUUUUGUUAUUUUCUACCUCUUUUUUUUUUGUUUUUGGACAACAGUGAUAUUACCUGUUCUGAGACAAUGUGGACAAUCUUU